UCUUGACUAUUCUGCUCGAGGAUAUUUAAUUCACUUUCUAUAUAUAGCAAGAAGAAAGGAUCGUGUGAAGCAGACCGUCAUACACCAAAAAGAAAUUAAACCAUAUUAUGGGCUCAGAUAAUAUUUGUGAAGAUAGGAACCAUUAUGUGCUAGUGCAUGGGGCUUGCCAUGGCGCUUGGUGCUGGUACAAGGUUAAGCCACGCCUGGAAUCUGCUGGGCACAAGGUCACAGUGGUUGAUCUUGCAGCUUCUGGGAUCAAUAUGAAGAAAAUUGAAGAGGUUGAUACUAUUUCACAAUACUCUGAGCCUUUAAUACAGUUCAUGGCAUCAAUUCCCCCAAAUGAAAAGGUAGUUCUCGUGGGUCACAGCCUUGGAGGUCUCAAUAUAGCAUUUGCCAUGGACAAAUUUCCAGAAAAGGUAGCAGUUGGUGUUUUCUUGACAGCUUUUCUGCCGGACAUUGAACACAAGCCUAUAUAUGUCAUGGAUAAGAAAGGAACUGGUCACUUUACUCCUAUUGGAGGCUAUCAUGCUGGAAGGGACAUGGUGCUUAUUUUGGAUGUUGCACGUUUCAAGUAUCCUCCCCAUUGGGUCCCCCUUACGGUUCUUUGGGAAGGCAUGAAUUGUGUUGAUGAGUCCACGGGAAAAACCAGGGGGUUCAUGCUUGUCUCAAAGCCUCACAGGGAAGCUGGCAUGCUUUUUUUUUUUUUUUGAUAAUUGAAGCUGGCAUGCUUUAUACUAUGAGCUGCAAACAUGAAAGUUGGCAUGGUAUUGCAAAAUUCCUAAUCAAUGAUGUUCCUCUUCUACUGAAAGCAGAGGAUGUGAAAGACAUACGUAAGGUUCUUUCACUUAUAGUCACAUCGCUACCUAACUUCCAAGAAAUCAGCAAAUGGGUUGCGGAGGACAGGAGGCGAGAGGAUGGUGGUCCAAUCUUAAGUGAAGAAGAGGAGAAAACACGAGCUAUUGUCAAGGAAGAGGUGUUGCAACAGGUGCAGAGGACAGAACUCUUCAAGCAUGUGGCCCUGUUUUUGCCACAUUUUAGCAGUGAACUUGAUGUGUUGGUCACUGCAAAUGUCUUAACAGUGCUUUUAUUGGCCUUGCCUUGGCAUAUAUGGUCGGCCAUCAAAGAAGAGAAGUUGCGUGCCGAAGUUACUGGGCUAAUAACUGAAAAUCUUCCUCUCUUACUUCAGGAAGAGGUUUUAUUCUUGCGAGUGCAACUUCUUGUAGACUUUCUCAUGAUCGAUACGGGUCACUACCACAAAAAUGCCUUUAGGUAGCGGUUCUAUAACAAGUUAGGCAGCGGUUAAAUGAGUGGUGCAUAACUCAGCGGUGCUAAAGAUAGGUAGCGGUUAAUAACCGCUGCGCAAAUUGAUCUGGGGUAGCGGUUCAUACCAAUGGGAACCGCUACCAAUACUGCCAGCCUUUUUUUUUUUUUUGCGUUAAACCUUGGGCAGAACCGCUACCUAACACGUUUUUAUUUUUAAAUAUUUUUUGUAGAAUAGUGGCGGUUUGUCACCCCCACAAGUAUUUGUGGCAAUAUUUUGCCAAUUCGCACCUUUAUUUUGUAGCCAAACUAUAUUCAACCAUAUGAAACAAAUAUUUUUAGAUUAAAUAGAAACAUCAACACACAUAUAAAACUCAUACUGAAUCCAAAUUCCCUGGCCUCCAAAAACUCAUAGACAAGAGAAGAUUAAAUCAAAAGAUAUACAUGAUGUUUCAUUGCUAAACCCAAUAAAUAUACUAGGACCUAGGACACACUCAAGUACCAACUUACUAUACUAAAACUCUAUGAAAAGGUAUGAAAUUAUCACUAACUAGAAACAUAUUGAUAACUAAAAGCUUUAAACUAGUUCAGAAUAUAGAGGGCUAACAAAAAAUCAAAGAAAAAUACUAGUUAUACCAACAUGUUUGGGGAUUUGAGAUCCCAAGGCACAAUAAGAGGCUUCAUGGAGAUAAUUAAUCCCUUUUCCUGCAACCAAAUCAAUCAUACACCAUUCAGUAAAUAAUUUACUAAUGUGAUAAAACAACAAUUCACUGAAUAAACUUUCAUGGCUAAUCUUGCAUCUUCGCACACAUGCUACCAAACCAAUCAGACACCAUCCAGUAAAUAAUUCACUAAUGUGAUAAAACAAUAAUUCACUUAGUAAAUAACAAUAGAAAGCUAAAGCAAAAUAGAAAACUCGUGAAAACUACACAUGCUAUUAUGAAUUGUUUGUGGUACCUUAGAUCUUUGACAUUCAUUCCUUAGAAGAUCAAAGACCUUGGUGUGAGGAUAAGGAAGUCAGAUGGUUGAAACUUGAAACUGCACUGAGAAUCACCCCAUUAGCCAUUAGGCUGCCCAGGUUGUGGUUUUCCUAGAUGUGAUUCUAACUGUGUCUUCAGGGAAAUCUGAUAUGGCAGUCCAAGAUUGGCCACCAAAGGUGUUCAUGUUAAGGCUAAAUGUUUCUGUCAUACCUUGAGCUAGUUUCAUCUAGUUUUUCCUUGCUUCUGAAGAAGGUAUCACUACAAAGCAGAGAAAAUAAGUAAAAUCAAAGUUAUUAUAUCUGUUUUUUUAGUCUAUUCUAUUAUUCUAUAACUGAACUAGUUUCCCUAAUUUUGUUAUAGCUCAGUUCAUGCACCAUUUUUUACUAAGUUGGGAAAAUUUAUAACUUAAUAUACAAUUAUCAUAAAUUUGACAAAAGGUAGAUAAGAUUUUGAGAACCUCUAGGAUCUGAUAUGUUUCUGGCCAUGACCAUGAGGCUAGCAACCCUUUCACACAGUCUCUGCAAAACUCAUAACCAGCGUUGUGCUCCAACUGCCAUUCUUACGGAAUAUCUGAUGGUCAGGUUUCUCUUCUACUUUUCCAUGCUCAACCCAUGUUACCUACAAGGAUAAACAAAAGGAAAAACAUCCAACAACUUUCACACCAGAGAUUUAGGAGAAACACCAACUUUGUAUAAGUUUAAACACAUAACAGUACAUGAUUAGAAACAUGAGCGGAUUAACCUUGAAUACACACUUGGCACAUCUUGAAGCACACAACCAGAGCACCUCCUGGAGUAUCUAGAGCAAAAGACCAUAAAAUAACACAAAUAUGCACACAUAAAGACAUGAGUAUUCAACUAGCUGAACCAACAUAAAAAUUCAUUUAGACAAAUAAAUGGUUUGCUAAUUUUUCAGGGAAAGAUAAUGCACAUUUAGAGUACGAAUACACAUUCCAGAAAAACAUAAUAAAGGAAUAAAUGGAUUUCCACUUCCUUUCUCUGUUUAGCUGUUAUGUUCAAGAUUAAAUCAAGCCAAUCUUCUAAUAAUACACAACCAGAAGAAAUCCUUAAAAAUCAAUAUAGUGAGGACCCAAGUCAAUGAAUUGGAGAUACGUAGGUCCUAGUCACAUAAACAAACCAUAAGAACAAAAUUUCUAGCAGCAAGAGGUAGCAUAUCAGCAUAAGAAAUGCAAUCAA